AUGUAAUGACAACAUCAGCUUUUGAUGUCAACACGGAGACUGCUUUUCCAAGUGGAGCUAUCGUGACACGAUCAGUUCCGGAUAUCUCAUGGGAAACUACUACGCCUGGUCAAGGAAGACGCUGCCAAGAUCCGGGCACGCUUCUUGGCGGUACCUAUACACUCACAGGUUAUGGGUACCUGGACACAGUGAGAUAUACCUGCAAUGCCCAUUUUACCAUGCUGUAUCCUCCGAUUGGCAUCGUUUGGUGCAAGACCAAUGGAGAAUGGUCGCACUCCAAGCCCACUUGCAAGCCUCCAUCCUGUCCAGAUCCAGUCAGACCCAUCUCUGGCUGGUAUGAUGUCAGUAAAGGCAUACAGCGUACCACUAUGAGACCAUUCCGGUACAAUGAUACUGUCACAUGGAUGUGCAGCAUUGGGUACAAUACGGUUGGACAUACCAAGGGAAUAUGCCAGGUGAACGGUACAUGGAGCAACA